AUGCAGAAGCUUACCUAUCUUGUUGUCUUGCUGUCUGCUCUGUAUACGGGUGCCCAGCAGAUCACGCUCGGUCCUUCCUCUUUUGCUGCUCCUGGUGUCUUUCCAACCUCGGUCUACAAGCAAUACUACAAUGACCCCACUCAGACGAGCGAGCAAGUCCAACCAGUUAUCUCCGAUCCAGUUACGCAUGAAACUUAUCCGUUUGGAUUGACGGAUCCUCAUACAAUCCCUCAAAACGAUUCGGGUGAUCCGCACCCACUCCCGCCGCAAGCGUCUUCUUCGACCAUCCUGCAGCAAGCGCUCCGACAAAUUCAGUUAAUCGCUUCUCCGGAAACGCCGAACUCGCCUUUCUUGAAUGAUUCUUGUGCCGCAUGUCAGACUAUUCUGACCAUUGCUAAAUUCGUGGCAUUGGCUGCUCCAGAAAAAGGUCCAACGAUCGUGUUAGAGAUUUGUAAUAUGCUCAGAGGUCUAGCGUCUACACCAGUGGACUGUGAAGCGGAAUAUGGCCCGCUUUCUCGUGGAAACGUUGUGGUGCAGGUUUUGGCGAAUGCGGAUGUUGCAGGAUAUGAUGGCCAACUUAUUUGCCAGAAUUUCUUGGGCCUAUGUCCUCUACCGCCAACUUCUGCGCUGAAUUUGACCGGUUGGUUUGCGAAGCCGAAGCCAAAUCCACUUCCUGCGCCCAAGAAGCCAAGUGGGAAGCGAUUGAAGGUCCUUCAUUUAUCUGACUUUCACAUUGACCCGCGUUACACAACUGGUGCAGAAGCAAAUUGUACACGCAAUCUCUGUUGCAGAGAAGGGAACGUAGCGUCCUCCAGUCCAAAUGAGACACUUUUCCCCGCCCCUCGUUACGGUUCAUACCAAUGUGAUGUACCGUAUGCACUCGCUCUUGCUGCGCUGCAAUCCAUCCCUGUUCUGGCAGGGACACAAGAUACAGGCUUCGCGUACACUAUUUAUACGGGUGACCUUGUCUCGCAUGACCCGGCCAAUGAACUCUCAAGAGCCUAUGUCGAAUAUACCGAGACCGUUAUAUACGAUCUGUUCAAACGUAUGCUCGGAUCCGGGCCUUCCUACAGCUCUAUCUAUGACCCAGUCUUGUCAAUUAAUGCAUACUUCAGGGCUCAAGAUGCCCCGCAUUCGCUUGGUGGAGAGCUUGCUCAGCAAUUCAGCUGGCACGUGAAACAUAUUCUCUGUAAUUUCCUUAACGGCAGCGACUUACGCAGACACUUCAGGAACUACGAUCACGUCGCUGGCCUCUGGGAAUUUGAGAACUGGAUUCCCGAAUCGUCCGCAGCACUUGCACGCGCGCAUUAUGGAGCAUAUAUGGUACGCCGGACGGAUGGACUCCGGGUUAUAACACUAAACACGGAUUUCUGGUAUCGUGACAACUGGUUCAACUUCAUCAAUCUCACAACGCCAGAUGUAUCAGGCAUGUUGCGGUUCCUUACGGAUGAGUUGCAGGAUGCCGAGGAUGCAGGAGAUCGAGUUUGGAUUCUGGGCCACGUAUUGAGCGGUUGGGACGGUUCAAAUGCGCUUGAGAAUCCGACGAAUCUAUUCUAUCAAAUCGUCGAUCGGUUCUCUCCUCAUGUUAUCGCAAAUAUCUUCUGGGGGCACACUCACGAAGAUCAGCUCUCAAUUUUCUAUGCGAAUAACGGAACGAACAUGACUGCUGAGAAUGCACAAGUUGUAUCUUGGAUCGCUCCCUCGAUUACGCCGCUGACAAACCUGAACUCGGGGUUCCGCGUUUAUGAGGUCGACUCAAAUACGUUCGACAUUCUUGACGCAUACACAUGGCGAAGCGAUGUCAACACCUUCAGUGCAUUGGAUGAUCAAACGGAGUUCGGCCCUACAUAUGCAUUUGAAUACAGUACACGCGAUGCGUAUGGACAGAAUAUAACGGGAUGGGGACCCAAUGAUCCGUUGAAUGCAACUUGGUGGCAUCGUGUAACUGAAGCCAUGGAAGCCGAUCCUUCUCUUGUAACGACCUUCAACAAUUUCCAAGGCAAAGGCUCUGUACAUACGCAGCCGUGUACUGGCGAGUGUAUCACAGCUAGGAUAUGUUAUAUGCGCAGCGGUUCUGCAAGCAUCGCUUUCCAGAAUUGCCCUGCUGGAUUCGGAUCUGUCCAGUGA